AUGCUACCUCCUUCACCUCCUUACUGGAUGACCUCACCCCCUGCUUCCCCCAGCGUCAGCAACGAGCGGCGUUCUCCCACCAAGAGCUGCCAUUUCUCUCCUCACGUCCCUGUCCUCACUAUCAUUCCUCCUACUCUGCCUCAGCACCUCCCUACCCCGCCACUCACACCCCUUACUCCGCUCACCCCCUGCCUGAAGACAAGCAGCAGGAAGAACAGCUUCUUCCACGAUGAGCCCUCCACGGAUGUGCUUCUCGCCAGCCCUACGCCGAUUGCUGCCACGACAGAACCUCUCGCACUCGCUACGGCUGUUCCUCUGCCCUCGUCCCCCAGUCCGGCCCUCGCCGAGGCGCUUCCCAUCCCUACGGGCCACGAGACCGACCACGCCCUGCAUGCGCCACUUGUCGCCCACCUCGCGCUCUUACACCCAUCGACUCCGAGAGAAGUGAUCCACUUCUGCGCAACGAGGCUGCUCUCUCCGGACCGGCCCUUUGGGUUCGACACUGCGGUAGAGAUCGACCGACGGGGGACUCAGGCCAAGGCCGAGAACGAGAGGGAGAAGGCAGUAGGGAAGGCUGCGUCUACGAAGCAGAAGGAGUGGACACCACUUUGGGCAGGUAUCGGGGAUCUCGCCACUGCCGGCCUGGGAAGGGAGGCCGCCAAGGGGUGCGAGCAGGUCGGACCGGGGAAGGAGAUUGACGAGAAGCUGGAGUGGAUGUAUGGCGUGGCGAGAAGGAGCUGGGAGAUCUUGGUGGUGAAGGCGCCAGGGAGGGGUGGUGCGCUGUGA